AUGGCGGCAGAGGCCUCGACGGCUCGGCUCGCCCUGACCUCCUAUCGGCAGGUGGGGAGGAAGAGUUGGCCUUGGGAUGCCGCCGAAAUCCAGUGCACACAGUGUGGAAGAAGUGUAAUUUCCGGUCGCCACCACGAACUUCAGUGUGGUCACACUUUUUGUGAACUAUGCUUAUUAAUAACUGAAGAAUUCAGCACAAUUAUGUGCCCUGGUUGUGAGGUUGCUACAACUAUAAAUAUGAAACAAGGACACUACCCAAUAGAUGAAUGUAUUAAAGGAGAUUCUUUAAUGGGAAAAUUGCAACCUAAAAUGAUAAAGAAUUGUUCUCAUGACUUUAAAAGGACUGCUGAUCAGCUGACUUUUGGUAUUGGGGUACAGCAUUCAACUUCCAUAUGCAGGACUCUUUUGAACUCAUCAGCUGUAAUGUUGGAGACUAAAACUACUGAAGAAAUUGAUGAAGCAUUGAAGAUAGCAGGAUAUAAUUCUGAACAAUUAAGUACUGCCGUAAAAGUACUUGAACACAUACAGAAUCAAGCAAAAGAAGAGACAGACAGUCUCAUGCAGGUUAUGGAGAAACAAUUUGAUCAACUUUUUGCUUCUCUUGUUUCCAGGAAAAAGAAUCUAUGUGAAGAACUUGUAAGAAAUACAGAUGACUAUUUAUCAAAGUUAGUAAUGGCUAAAAGCUACAUUGAAGAAAAGAAAAAAGAUUUGGAUGCAGCUAUGAAGAUUGCAAGAGAGUUAAAAUCAGCACCUUCUCUGAGGACGUAUUGUGACAUGAAUCAGAUUAUUCGGACUUUGAAGUUAACAUUUGAGAGUGAAUUGUCACAAGUUAGUUCUCUAAAACUAAGGAGCUCUCCUAGGUUGAAUAUGAAUUGUAGUGAGAUUAUCUGUAUGUUCAACAGUAUGGGAAGGAUUGAAUUUGAGAACUCAGCAAAAUGUUAUCCCCAAGAAAAUGAAACUGGACAGAAUGUUCAAAAGAAAUGCUAUAAUAAAAAGGAACUUUGUUGUGAUACAUAUUCAUCACCAGAAAAGAGAAAAGCUAAUAUGUCUCUCCUAACCAGUGAAGCCCUGGAGACCAAUGCUAUGCGCUUAGAAGUCAAAACCUUUCAGCCACAGAAAGAGGUUGUUGCAGCGACCCCCCCUAAAACCAUUGCUGUGCUACCUCAAAUGGGAUCUAGCCCUGAUGUGAUAAUUGAAGAAAUUAUUGAAGAAAACCUGGAAAGUUCUCCAGAGCUAGUUUUUGUAAGCCAUGUAAUGCAUCCUUGCCACUUCUACAUUCGGAAGUAUUCACAAAUAAAAGAUGCAGCACUAUUGGAGAAGAAGGUCAAUCACUUUUGCAAUAAGAAGUUACACCUUGAUCCUUCAGACAUUUUGGAGCUUGGUGCAAGAAUAUUCAUCAACAGUGUUGAAAAUGGAAUGUGGUGCCGAGGAACUAUCACUGAAUUAAUUCCAAUAGAAAGUAAAAAUACAAGAAAAUCUUGUAGUCUGACCAAAUUCUCAGUCCGAGAAGUUGCACUAAUACAGAUAUUCAUGGUAGACUUUGGAAAUUCUGAAGUCCUAAUUGUCACAGGGGUUGGUGGUACCCAUGUGAAACCAGAACACAUUUCUAAGCAGCAUGUUUUUCUAAAUGAUUUAUGUCUGGUUCUACGGAAGUCUGAGCCAUACAUUGAAGGGUUGCUAAAAGAUAUCCCACCAUUAGCACAGCCAUGCUCACUGAAAGAUAUUGUUCCACAGAAUUCAAGUGAAGGCUGGGAAGAGGAAGCUAAACUAGAAUUUUUGAAAAUGGUAAACAACAAGGCUGUUUUAAUGAAAGUUUUUAGAGAAGAAGAUGGUGUGCUUAUUGUGGAUCUGCAGAAACCACCAACAAAUAAAAUAAGUAGUGAUAUGCCCGUGUCUCUUAGAGAUGCAUUAGUAUUUAUGGAACUCGCAAGGUUUAGGUCACAAUCACCAGGAAGUCACUCUGAAAAAAAUAUGACUUUACACUAUCAUCCACCUAUCUUGCCUAAAGAAAUGACAAAUGUUUCUGUUAUGGUUUGUCAUAUAAACAGUCCUACUGAUUUCUAUCUUCAGUUGAUAGAAAAUCUGGAGUUUUUAUUACUAUUAAAAAAAAUCGAGGAAUUCUAUAAAAGUGAAGAUGGGGAUAACCUGGAAAUCCUCUGCCCAGUUCAAGAUCAAGCCUGUGUAGCUAAAUUUGAAGAUGGAGUUUGGUACAGAGCAAAAGUAACAGGAUUGCCUGGAUUCCGGGAAGUUGAAGUUAAAUAUGUGGACUUUGGUAAUACUGCAAAAAUAACACUUAAAGAGAUGCGUAAAAUAAAGGAUGAGUUUCUGCAUCCCCCAGAGAAGGCAAUUAAAUGUAAGCUGGCUUAUAUUGAACCAUGUAAAAGGACAAUGCAGUGGUCCAAAAAAGCCAAAGAAAAAUUUGAAGAAAAGACUCAAGAUAAAUUUAUGACAUGCUCAGUUAUUAAAAUUCUGGAAGAUAAUGUGCUACUAGUUGAGCUUUUUGAUUCUAUUGGUGUUCCGGGAAUGAGUCCCACUAGUAUUAAUGACCAGCUAGUCAAAGAAGGCCUAGCAUCUUAUGAAGUAAGAUAUACCCUCAAAGAUGAUUCUGAAAAGCAUACUGAAGUGUGGGAUCCUUCUCUAGAAGAAAUUAUUUCCAAUGAAGUAAAUGACUUAAGUCCUGUGUCUGCAAAAUCUCUACCAAAUGAGAAUUUCCAGUCACUUUAUAAUAAGGAACUGCCCGUGCAUAUCUGUAAUGUAGUAUCUCCCGAGAAGAUUUAUGUUCAGUGGUUGUUAACAGAAAACUUAAUUAAUAGUUUAGAAGAAAAGAUGAUAGCUGCUUAUGAACACUCAAAAUGGGAACCUAUUAAAUGGGAAAAUGAUAUGCACUGUGCUGUUAAGGUCCCAGAUAAAAAUCAGUGGCGAAGAGGUCAGAUCAUCAAAAUGGUCACAGACACAUUGGUAGAGGUCUUGCUGUAUGACGUGGGUGUGGAAAUAGUAGUGAAUAUUAACUGUUUGAGAGAACUUGAAGAAAGUCUAAAGACAAUGGGAAGAUUGUCUUUGGAAUGCUCUCUUGUUGACAUAAGACCAACUGGUGGGAGUGACAAGUGGACAGCCACAGCUUGUGACUGUCUUUCAUUGUACUUAACUGGAGCUGUAGCAACUAUAAUCUUACAGGUGGGUAGUGGGGACAACAAUACAACAUGGCCUUUACCUGUGAAAAUCUUCUGCAGAGAUGAAAAAGGAGAGCGUGUGGAUGUUUCUAAGUAUUUGAUUAAAAAGGGUUUGGCUUUGAGAGAAAAUAGAAUUGAUACACUAGCUGACAGCUGUUCAGUAUCUGAGAAGUCUCCGGAAAGGCCCCUGGAACAGGAAGAUUCAGUAGUUACCAAGUGUACUAAAAUUAGCUUUGUCCCCGACAAAAAAUCUGCUGGUAUAACCAGUGAACACAAAGUUUAUGAAUUUAAGGAGAAAAUUGCAGAACCAAGAGCCCCUGGAUGCUACAAACCACCAGCUAUUCCUAACAUGAAAGUGUUUGAAGCAGUUGUCAGCUGCAUUGGUGAUGAUGGAACUAUAUUUGUGGUCCCUAAAUUAUCAGAAUUUGAGCUAGCAAAAAUGAUGAAUGAAAUUCAGAAAAAUUUAAAAUGCCUUGGUCUUUUGGAGCCUUAUUUGUGGAAAAAGGGAGAAGCUUGUGCAAUAAGAGGAUCCGACACUCUGUGGUACCGGGGCAGGGUAAUGGAAGUUGUUGGCGGCACUAUCAGGGUACAAUAUUUAGAUCAUGGAUUCACUGAGAAGAUUCCACAGUGUCAUCUUUACCCUAUUUUGUUAUAUCCUGAUAUUCCCCAGUUUUGUAUUCCUUGUCAGCUCUAUAACACCAUACCGGUGGGAAAUAUCUGGCAAUCAGAUGCAAUAGAACUUCUUCAGGAACUACUUUCAAAGAGAGAGGUGGAAAUUCACGUUAUGGAAUUGCCUGAAAAUCCAUGGGAGAAAUUAUCUAUUCUUCUAUAUUUUGAUGGAAUGUCACUUUCUUAUUUUAUGGCACAUUAUAAAUAUUGUACUUUUGAACGUUCUGAAGAGAUACUGAAGGAAAAGCCAACAGAUUACAAUAAAAAGUAUGAGGCGGAAAGAUGGGAAAUAAGCUUUGAGGAACUGCUUCUAUCUGAAACAGAGACUCCUGUUUUACCACCGUAUGUGUCUUCAUCUCUGCCUCCCCCGGAAGAACUCUUUGCUGUUCAAGUGAAGCACGUUGUCUCGCCAAAUGAAGUAUACAUUUGCCUUGAUUCUGUAGAAAGUUGUAGUCAGUUUAACCAUCACAGUGACACGGAUGACAGUGGAGUCAGCUGGGAGUCGGAACCUGAGAGCCUGGAAGAGGCGUUGCGAAGGUCUAAUAAGAAUGUAGAGACGUUUCCUCCCCUGACCGAUUUCAGAACAGAAAUGCCUUGCCUUGCAGAAUAUGACGAUGGCUUAUGGUAUAGAGCAAAAAUUGUUUCCAUUAAAGAAUUUAAUCCUUUAACUAUCCUGGUGCAAUUUGUUGAUUAUGGAUCAACUGAAAAGCUGACAGUCAACAGACUGCGUCAGAUUCCUCUACAUCUUAUGCAGUAUCCAGCCCGAGCCAUAAAAGUUCUCUUGGCAGGGUUUAAACCCCCCUUAAAGGAUUCAGGAAAGACAAGAAUACCAUACUGUCCCAAAUGGAGCAUGGAGGCAUUGUGGGCUAUGAUAGACUGCCUUCAAGGAAAACAACUUUAUGCUUCCUCCAUGGCUCAGGCACCAGAACAAGUAGUGACAUUAUAUGAAGAUGAACAGUAUCCAGUUCACAUGUCAUUAGUAGAGAUGGGGCUCGCAGACAGAGAUGACUGA